CCAAUCCAGAAGCGGCACGGGUAGAAAAGGCGGGCCUCCGUGACGGACAAGGGAGGACGUGCCAGACGGGUUGCUGUUGGUUGCUAGCUACCUCCGCACGCCCGACCGCUCGGCGGCGUCAUCGUCACCUGGGCCUAAGAGCCGGCACCCGGUUUGUGGGCGCGAGGGCCCGCGACCCCCGCCCCGCUCGCGCGCAGGUGAGGGGCACGUGCAGGUGAAGAGGCCCCAGCGCAGGGGAGGAGCGGCUUUUGCCCGCGCCCGGCUGCUCGUUCGGCCUCCCCGGGAGGGCGAGGCGGGUUCCGGUGCGCGGCCGCGGCCGCAGGUCCAUCCCGGAGAUCCAGACCCCGGGGAGGUGUGGCGCGGCCCAAGGCGUCCCGGGGGGGGGCCCUCGAGAGAAGGACCUUCUUAUGCAGGGCGGCCUGGCCCAGGCGUUUCCAGGGAGAGGCUGUGUUUACUGCCCUGAGCCCCGCGCACGCUGCUGCGUGACUGGGACGGGGCCACGGGGUCCGGGAGAGAGGGUGAUAAGUUUUACCCCCACAGCCGGACACGCUGCCCGAGGCCCGAGCAAUGGCAGGGACAGUCAGCACCCAACUCUGGGCCACGGGCCGUUUGCCGACCGUGGUGAGGACGGGCGUGUGCGCGGUGGCCCUCCAGGGUGCCGGUGGCCCGGAGGACUGCGCCCUCUCCCCUGUGGUCGUUCUUCAUGUGGUGCGGCUCGUCCACUCCGCUGCCGAGCGCUUGCCGCGGGCCAGGAGCAGGGCCAUGUAGUCCAGUUCUCGUCAGGUGUCCGCUCUUGCUUAGGAGUAUCAGACAGUGCACAGACCAACCCGUGGGGCCGGUGGCCAGGUUGCCAGCUUGCCAGGUGAAAAGGAAAGCAGCAUGAGGGAAGGAAGAGUGAUGGGGACCGGAGGCUGUCUGUAUGAAGGCGGCCCCGGAGAAGGGGCUCCAGGCAGAGGGGACAGCAGGUGCAAGGCUCACCCUGGACGCAAACUGGCCGAGACCUCUGUCCCCACGCAGAAGGCUGGCUUGGCUGAAGCUGAGGGAGGGGGCAGAGGGUGGUGUUGAGGAGGCCACCGAGAGAGCAGGGUCAGACCUGAGGGCACCUGGGCUCCAUGCUCUGUGCCUGGGGCCCCGUGGGUGGCUUUCAGCAGUGCAGUGUGGUGCUCUGAGACCCCGUCCAGGUCAGCUCUGGCCACAUUGUGGGGACACACCACUGCAGUUGUCCAGAGUUGCUGACUGGGACUUGGGCUGGGCUUGUGGCAAGAGAGGGUGGAUGGGGACAGAGCAGCGUCUGGGAAGCAGGGGGCAGUUGUGGAGGUGAGCAGGAAGGUAUCAGGAUGUAGCUGGCCUGAGCCAGUUACAGAAAACGCCCGCUGGGCGGGGGCAGCUGGAGGGGGAAGUCGGGAGUCUGUUUCGGCCUCGUGGGUCUGAGGUGCCGGGGCGGGGACGGCAGUCUGGGUUGGGAGUUAGGGGACAGAGGGGUGGACGGGGGCCAUCAGCCCCUGUAUGAAGGCAGAAGGCCAGAGGCCAUCUGCCAGGUGAGAGGGUGGACGGAGGAGGAGAGGCCAGCAAGGGAGACCCUGGUGUGCGGUGUGCUGGGAGGGUGGCAGGGGACCUGGAGUGGAGAGCGGGUGCCAGAUGCCAGAAGCUCGUGGUGUGCGGUGGAUUCUGAGGAAAUGCAGGGGGCCCCGUGGCCAGGUAAGUUUGGGGACCUGCUUGGGUAGGUGGCAGUCAGUGCAGAUCCUGGUUGGAACAUCACCCUGUGUGCCCACCUCCUGCCACCUCGUUUGACCGUGGUGACAAUCCCUGAAAAUGGCACUUUCCCAAUGUCCACUUCGCAAACGGGAGAGGGAGGCUCAAAUGGGUGGCGAGUCUCUGGGUGUAAACGGAGAGUCGGCCCACGCUCAGAACUGCCUGCCGGCGGCCUGGCCGCUGUCAGGCGAGACCCCUCCUGGGAGAGGUCGUCUAGUCCCCGGAGCUCUGCUCUGGUGGCAGCCUUGUUCUUGGGGGAGACCACAGGCUUCUCAGAGCGCUUGGCAGCAGGCAGGCCAGGCUCCCUGAGGCCUGGGGGGGUGGGCGUGGGACCCCAUCCGGCGGAGGGCCUCACUGCACCUCCUCUUGCUUGCUCAGGGCCCACUCUUCCACCAUGAAAGGCUCCCGGGCCCUCAGCGGCACCCCCAGCCCCCAUGAGGGCAACCUGGAAGGCUUGGAUCUCAGUCUGACGGGGCUCCCCCCGCCCGUGUCCCGGCGCCCCAGUAGCGCCUCCGCCGCCAAGCCCGUCAUCCGCUCCAUCUCUGUGGCUGCGGGCAGUGAGCAGAGGAGGAGGGUGCUGGAGGCCGGGGGACCCGGGGCCGUCAACAGUCUUCGCAGGCCCAGCAGCACCACACUGGUCCACCGGCCGCCAGCCAGGCAGGCGUGGGCUGACCCCUUCAGGCCGGCAGAGCCCCCGGGCUCCCCGACGCCCGUUGAGGGCGGCACCGGCGGGAGAAAGAGGCUGGCCAGUCUGAGCAACUCUCCCGGCAAGAAGGGGGCCACGGGGAGCGUCCUGGAUGAGCAGCCCACGGCCGCCACCUUGCCACCUGAGGCCCGGAGUCCCAGCGCCCCGGACGCGCCAGCGGGCCCACGGAGAAGAGAGCGCACCGCUCCCCUCGCACCCCGCUUCACUGCCAACAACAGGAGCAACAAGGCAGCCGUGGGCAACUGCGUCACCACCAUGGUGCACAACCGCUACACCCCUGUGGAUGCUGUGCCCCCCAAGAGCUCCAACCACACGGCCCCCUCCCUCAACAAUCUCGUCAAGGCGGCCACCGACGAGGGCGGGAGCAGCGGCUCCUCAAAGCCGCAGAAGAACUUGACCGGCAGCAAGCCCGUGGCCCAGAACAACACGGGGGCCCCCGAGAGCCUGCUCAGACGGAGGGAGGUGACGGAGGAGGAGGCGGAGAGGUUUAUCCACCAGGUGAACCAGGCGGCCAUCACCAUCCAACGUUGGUACCGGCGCCAGGCACAGCAGCGCAGAGCCCGAGCUGCCAGCUGGGGGCCCCUGCUGGCAUCCAAGCAAGAGGGGCGGCUGGAGGAGGGGAACCUGCUGGACCGGCACCGGCAGCAGGAGGCGGCCAGGAGGAAGGCCCGGGAGGAGAAGGCGCGCCAGGCCAGACAGGCGGCCAUUCAGGAGCUGCAGCAGAAGCGAGCCCAGAGGUCAGGCGAAGCCAAGCCUGGGCUGCUGAAGGGGACCUGGGAGACAGGGCAGUCCCAGACGGUGCCGGAGCGCCCCCUGCUGCCCGGAGACCCUGCUCAUGAGACCCCUCGGACCCCCAAGGCCGACAACACUGGGACCAGCUUCUGUACCGCAGGCGCAGAGGAACCCUGCCAGCCUGUCUCCAACUCCUCCCCAGAGCCCUGGCAGUUCCCAGAGGACAAGCCACAGGACACCAACUCCCAAGACAGGGCGGGUAAAGCCCCAGAGCCCGUGGGCCCAGCCAGGAGCAGGGCCAAGUGCAGGUCAGCCCUGGAUGAGCUGCUGGACACCCUGAAGCUGCUGGAGGCGGAGCCGGAGCCGCUGCCCCGCCCCAGGGCCCAUCACAAGGACAGAUACGCCUGGGUUGACGAGGAGGACAGCGCCAGCUCCCUGACAGCUGACAACUUGGAGAAGUUGGGGAGGCUCAGCGCACCUGCCGGGCCCCCCACAGACGGGGCGCUGCUCUCAGAGGCCAAGCUGCACAGCAUCCUGAGCUUUCUGGACGAGAUGGAGAAGUCAGGGCAGGACCGGCCGGCCGCCGCCCCCCAGGGGCUCGUGCCGGAGGAGGGGCUGGGGCGUCUGGAGUCUGCGUCUGCGGCGAGCGCGACCGUGACGCGGCUGAGGCUGCAGGUGGAGGAGAAGAAGCAGGCCGUGGCGCUGCUGCAGCGGGCCCUGGCACAGCAGCGGGACCUCACCAUCCGGAAGGUGGAGGAGACAGAGAGAGAGCUGGGCCGGCAGCUGCAGCGGCAGAGGCAGCACUACGAGGCCGCCAUCCAGCGGCACCUGUGUUUCAUUGAUCAGCUGAUCGAAGACAAGAAGAACCUGGGGGACAAGUGUGAGGCUGUGGUGGCCGAGCUGAAGCAGGGGGACCAGCUGCGCAAGGACAGGGAGGCCCAGAUGCGGGAGCAGCACGAGCUGGAGAUUAAGAAGCUCCGAGAGCUGAUGAGCGCCGCCGAGAAGGUGCGCAGGGAGAAGUGGAUGAGCGAGAAGACCCGGAGGAUCAAGGAGAUCACUGUCAGAGGCCUGGAGCCCGAGAUCCAGAAGCUGAUUGCCAAGCACAAGCAGGAGGUGAAGAAGCUGCGGAGCCUGCACGCGGCUGAGCUCCUGCAGGCAGACGAGCGGGCUGCCCAGCACUACGGGCGCCAGGCGGAGGCGCUGCGGGAGCAGCUGGCGCAGGAGAGGGAGGCGCUGGCCCAGCAGGAGCGUGAGCGCGCCCAGCGGCGCUUCGAGCAGCAGCUGGAGCAGGAGCAGCGGGACCUGCAGCAGCUGCGCAGGCGCCUCUACAGCGAGGUGGCCGAGGAGAAGGAGCGGCUGGGCCAGCAGGCCGCCAGGCAGCGGGCCGACCUGGAGGAGCUGCGCCAGCAGCUGGAGGACAGCAGCUCCGCCCGGGGCCGCGCCCUGAGGGCUGAGUUUGAGAAGGGCCGGGCAGAGCUGGAGCACAGGCACCAGGCAGAGUUACAGGCCCUGAAGGACCAGCUGGAGGUGGACCGGCAGGUGUGGCAGGCCAACUGCGCCCGGAAGGAGGAAGCCUGGCUGCGGGAGCGCGAGCGGGAGCUGAAGGAGGAGAUCCGGAAAGACCGGGACAAGGACAUCGAGCUGGUCGUCCGCCGGCUGGAGGCCGACAUGACACUGGCCAGGGAGGAGAGUGAGAGGGCCGCCGAGAGCCGUGUCCAGCGAGUUCGAGACAAGUACGAGGCGGAGCUCGCGUUGCUGGGGCAGGCGGAGCGGCAGCUGCAGGGCCAGUGCGCAGAGCUGAAGGGGCGGCUGGCGGAGGCCGAGGGCGAGGUCGCGCGCCUGCAGGGCCUGGUGCGGCAGAAGGACAAGGCCCUGGCCGCAGAGAAGGCGGUGAAUGAGCAGCUCGCCGGCGAGAGGAGCAGCCUGGCCCAGGUGCUCCGCCAGGAGUUCGCCGACAGGCUGGCCGCCUCUGAGGAGGAGAACCGGCAGGUCCGGGCUGAGCUGGAGCAGCUGAGGCGGGAGAAGCAGGCGGAGCUGGAGGACGUGCAUGGGAGGGUGAAGGCGGCCCUGGCGAAGAAGGAGGAGGCCGUGAGCAGCCUUCGGCGACAGCACGAGGCCGCAGUGAAGCGGGCUGACCACCUGGAGGAGCUGCUGGAGCGGCGUAGGCGGCCCCUGCGGAACGCCAAGUGACCGCCGCCCUUGUCUCCCGUCCCCCUCCACCGCGGCCCGCCCUGCUCUGGAAGUAAAGCGAUGUUUCUUCA